AUGUGCGAGAGAAAGGCUGAAAAUUUGAUGAGACCCUCACAACAUAUUGAUAAUGUCAUACAUGCCCAAUCUAAAGAGGAAAAAGAAAAAAAUCGUUUGCGUUUGAGGACCUCAAUUGUCACUGUUCGCUGGCUAGCACUUCAAGGGUGUGCCUUUAGAGGUAAUGAUGAAUCUCUAUCUUCAUCUAAUCGUGGGAAUUUUCUUGAAUUAGUAAAGGCUUUUGCAAAAAUGAGUACAGAAAUUGAUAAAGUUGUACUUGAGAAUGCUCCAAAAAAUGCUCAAUAUAUCGCUCCAGAAAUUCAGAAAGAGAUUUUACAUAUUAUGGCUAAUAGAGUACGAAAGAUGGUUCGUGAAGAAGUUGGUGAUAAAUAUUUUUGUAUUCUUGUUGAUGAAGCACGAGAUAUAUCUAAACGAGAGCAAAUAGCCAUUAUCUUGAGAUUUGUGAAUAAUUAUAGGGUUUUGACAGAAAGAUUUUUUGCCAUCAAAAGUAUUAGCGAUACUACCUCAUUGAACCUGAAAAAAGAAAUAUCAAAUGUUCUUGUUCAUCAUGACCUACAAGUUAAGAAAAUCAGAGGCCAAGGAUAUGAUGGUGCUAGCAAUAUGCGUGGCGCAUGGAAUGAACUUCAGGCAUUAUUUCUCAGAGAUUGUCCCUAUGCAUACUAUGUCCAUUGUUUUGCCCAUCGAUUACAACUCACAUUGGUUUCUGCAGCCAAGGAUGUUAGUGCUAUUUGGGAGUUCUUUUCUCAUUUGGAUAAUAUAGUAAAUAUUGUUACUUCUUCUACUAAACGCAUUGUUGAGUUACAUACUGCACAAAGAAUUGAAAUCGAGCAUAUGUUGGCAAUUGGAGAACGUGAUUCUGGAAGUGGGGCCAAUCAGAUUGGUAAUUUACAGCGAGCGGGAGCUACUCGUUGGAGUUCUCACUAUGACUCAGCAAAAAGCUUGAUAGGUAUGUAUGCUGCAACUUGCAAAGUUUUUGAAGUUCUUAGUGAUCAUUCUCCAAAUGGAAGAGCUAAGGCUGAAGUUCGGGGGAUUUAUAGAAACAUGGCAAGCUUUGAAUUUGUGUUCAUUUUGCAUUUAAUGCAUAAAAUUACGAGAACAACAUAUUCUCUUUGUCAAAUUCUUCAAAGAAAAUCUCAAGAUAUUUUAUCUGCUAUUACAUUUAUCUCUAAUACCAAAACUAUCCUCCAAGAACUUAGAGAAUGCGGGUGGGAAGAUUUUCUUCAUGAAGUGAAAAUUUUUUGUACGAGAAAUGAAAUUGAUGUGCCUGACCUUGAUUGUCUAUAUAAGAUUGGUCGUUCCCAUCAGCAAACUACAGUUGAGCAUCAUUACCACUUUGAUGUUUUUAAUGCAGCAAUAGAUUUCAUCUUGAUGGAGUUAAAUACUCGAUUUAAUGAGUCAUCAGUGGAACUUCUUUCUCUUAGUACCGCUUUAGAUCCUAAAAAUUCAUUUGAAUCAAUUAACAUUGAUGAUAUUUGCAAGCUUGCAAUGAAGUUUUAUCCUGAAGAUUUCACAAAUCAAGAUAUCAUUGCUUUGAAGUAUGAAUUGGUACAUUAUAAACUUGAUGUGAUACAAAACUUGAAGGCUUCUACACUUGUUGAUUUAUGUCAGCAAUUAACUGAGAGUAGACGGUCAAAGGUUUAUGUUAUGUUGACUAGAUUGAUUCAUCUAGUUUUGACGUUACCUGUUUCUACUGCCACUACUGAGCGAGCCUUUUCAGCAAUGAAGAAUGUGAAGACAAUACUUCGCAAUAAAAUGGAGGAUAUGAAUUUCUUAAAGAUUGUUUGA